UAAGGACGCGCGCAGUUUUCACGAGGAUUCGUAAACUGUCUCCAGGCAACCAAAACCUGACGAAACUCAUGUCGCCCCUCCUCUAAUGAUGAUAGGGCCAUACAUAGUCUACGUGAUGUCUAUAGACCUGUGAUGAAGUAAAAGAUCUUAUUGAAAUGCGUCGCUCUAGUCACAUGAACUUUUGGGAGAGCAAUUAAGUACCCAACAUUUUGUUGACUGUGUGCGCAUCAAGAUUGUACCAGGUUCAACUCAGGUUGACCUAUUCACAAACGGACAUACUUUGAUUUUGUAAAAAGGCACACGCGCUCCAUUCCGUGAUCCAGAGGAGGAACAAAACGUGACCUGACCUCACCUUGUUUUCAACCGCCUGAUUGUAUUGGCCAUAAAGGGAUGGCAGCAGGCUGUGAAUACCUGCUCUUGCAUGUAGCCUAGACAUCAGCCUGGUGGCAAGAUGAGACUCGCCUGACUGGAGUUCCCCAAUCUUCCCCAGACUGCACACUCCCUUUUUUACUAUUCUGUCUCUUCUUCUCUCUCCUCUGACCAAACUAUGGACCCGGAGACACCUCCGUUGCCGAUGAUCCAAGUGGAGGAUGUGGACGGGCCGGAUUGUCUGGACGACUUGGACCCCUCCUCCUCGGACGACCACCUGCGGACGCUGAAGGCCCUGACUCAAAAGCUGAGGCUGGAGACGCGUCGGGCAUCUUAUCAGGAGUGGAGGGACCAAGUGGAGGCCCAGAGCGCCAACAGAGGGCUCACAGGGGUCACGGACGCGGGGGCAAAGACACGCCCGGGGCAGAGCGGCAGCAGCCGCAGCAGGGUUUCUACAGAGGACGGCCAGGGGGGAAGUGGUGCUCUGGGUGAGGACGACACAGGAGACACCAUUCCGGCCUCACGGAACCUGAAGGGGUUUGGGAAUAUUGACGAGGCACUCGAUUGGUUGCGGAAAGAACUGAAAGACAUGCGUCUGCAGGACCAGCAGCUGGCGCGGCAGCUCAUGCGUCUCCGCGGCGAUAUCAACAAGCUGAAGAUCGAGCAGACGUGCCACCUGCACCGCCGCAUGCUCAACGACGCCACCUACGGGCUGGAGGAACGAGACGAGCUGUCCGACCUGCUGUGCGACGGCCCCGUCACGCCAGGCUUUGGCCUCUCCGCGCCCCUGCGCCUCAUCGGCGUCACCAAGAUGAACAUCAACUCACGCCGCUUCUCGCUCUGCUAGCAGCAGGCUAAAACAGGGGUCCUUUGGCCUACUCCAGAGGGCUCCUCAACACGACAACAACAACAACCAUAUAGCAUUCAUAAAGUGCUUUAUCAAGGCGGCCAAAAUGCUUUACAGUGAAGGUCGAACCUCACAAAACACCACCAUUGUGUAGCACCCAUCUCAACACAACACUCACAAUCUUCUAUCACUGACAAUUCCUCCAUCUAUACCGGGUCUUAUCAAACCUCGUUUGAAGACUGUAUAGUCUACAAUCUUCUGUCUAUACCUGGCACAAGCACAUUUGGUGUGAAGACUGUUCACAUUCUUCUAUCUAUACCUGGUUCAAGUUUUUGAAGACUGUGACACAAAAACUGUCUUCAGUUGGGUCAACUGGCAUGUCUUGGCAUCCUUCCUUCUCUGUUUACCUUAUUAUUCUCAUCAGUGGCAAUCCAGGUGAGCUAAACACAUGAUUUAGCUCAUGGACCAUUUUUAUUGCACUGCUUUCAACCAAGGGUGCUUGUAGAAAGCGUAGCUGGAGUUGGGCUGGUUGGAUUGAAAAACGCCUGGAAAAGAAAUGUGAAUUGGACAGAGACACGACAGCAUUCGCAUACAGAAAGCCUUAGAUCUCCUCCUUAUUUGCAUGCAAGACAAGAGUUGAGUCUGAGUUGCAUGUGCGUUUUCAAAUUCUCCUGCUUCAGAUCUGCAGGCUAGAAGUCCAUUUUGCUGUAGGUCAUUUAGACCCUCGUCUGGGUGUCCUGUUUCUCCCCACUCUCAAGUAGAAACAGCUGACCGUAGGAAACAGAUCAGGCCCUGAUCAGCGAGCGAUCCACUGGAUCACCGUGAUCAAGGAUCCAAUGGAUCAAACGGACGCUGAAAUAGACUGAGCCGAGCACUGUGUCCCCUGCCAUCUUUGCUGAGUGUCAUACUGGCCCUCUCACAGACAGUAGCUAGGCACCCUCCCACUUCCCGCUCUUUCUUUCUUUCUUUCUUUCUUUCUUUCUUUCUCUCUCUCUCUCUCUCUCUCUCUCUCGCUUUCUCUGUCUAGAUAGUACAAACUUGUGGCUAGGGGAUCUUCAUGGAUGAUUGCUUCAUUAGCAGUGGCCCCUUGUGUAAAGCCCAGUUUGUGUAGCUUGUUUGCCUCUCAUGGGUCUGCCUUUGACUUUCUGCUGACUAAAGCCUUAAUGGUACAUAGAGAGAACCUCUCCAAUGGAGGCACACUUUUUAAAUGCACAUUCCAAAAGGAUGAAAUGCACAUGUGUUGUUUUGUUUUGUUUGUCUACAAUUACUUUCAUUAAUAUAAAGUAACUUUAUUUUUGUUUAUUUUUAUGCUGUAUCCUCUGCUAUUCUGUACAACAAUAAUAAUAAUAAUAAAAAAAAAACUUCUUAAGAAA